AUGCCUGAUUUUACGGAUGGUAACUCCAGAGGUCGACAAAGAUGGCUAUCGGCUCCAAGAUUAUCAAGCAGCAAGAAGGCCGUCAUCAUCUACGUGCCCAUUCCCCAGCAGAAGGUGUUCCAGAAGAGCCAAAUCAUUCUGGUCCGUGAGUUGGAGAAGAAGUUUUCCGGCAAGCACGUCGUAGUCAUUGGAGAGCGCAAGAUUCUGCCCAAGCCCACACGCAAGGCACGCAAUCCCCUGAAACAAAAGCGUCCACGCUCUCGUACCCUUACGGCUGUGUACGAUGCCAUUCUGGAGGAUCUGGUCUUCCCUGCCGAGAUCGUUGGAAAGCGCAUCCGCGUCAAGCUGGACGGCUCCCAGCUGGUUAAGGUUCACUUGGACAAAAACCAACAGACCACCAUCGAACACAAAGUUGAUACAUUCACAUCGGUCUACAACUACAGCUACUGUCGCGCUGUUUCGGUUCAUCAUAAGAAAGUUAUAGAAAUUCUGUCGUACAGAAUAUUAAUAUUUUACAUGAGCUGGAGAACGUAACGUGAAAUAAAAAAUUAAACACCUAAAACUAAGCAAAUCCCAAUUAACAGA